GUAACAAUCUUGAAAGCUCACUUCUCACCUUUGAAGUACAUUUUGCCUCAAGUAGUCAGUUACCACACAGCCAUAAACGAUAUUAUAGUUAAUUCAAAUACAGACAGCUUACGGAUACAGAUACAGAAGCAGAAGCAGAAGAAGAAGAAGAAGAAGAAGAAGAAGAAGAAGAAGAAAGGGUAAUAAACCCAGGUCCUACUUCUCCUGUUCUGUUGAGAGUUGACUUUCCUUGAAAAGCAUUAUUUCCCCUCAAUUAUGUCUGCUUUCAAGAGUUGCUUUUGCAUGAAGAAGUAUGGGAAAAGAGCAGGACUUGAGGAUCCAAUUAUACUUGCUUCUGAAACACCAUUUACCGUGAAUGAAGUAGAAGCUUUAUAUAAUCUGUUCAAGAAGCUAAGCAGUUCCCUAGUUGACGAUGGUCUUAUCCAUAAGGAGGAAUUCCAACUUGCACUUUUCAACAACCAAAGCAAGCAAAAUCUAUUUGCCGACAGAGUAUUUGAUCUGUUUGAUAUUAAACGUAAUGGCGUUAUCGAAUUUGGGGAAUUUGUUCGGUCAUUAAGUGUCUUCCACCCAAAUGCUCCUCAAGCAGAGAAAAGUGAAUUUGCAUUUAGGUUGUAUGAUCUAUGGAAUACCGGCUACAUUGACCGUGAACAGUUGAAGGAGAUGGUAUUGGCUCUUACGAGAGAAUCAGACCUUGGACUUUCUGAUGAUGCAGCAGACUCAAUUGUGGACAAGACAAUGAUGGAGGCAGAUUUGGACGGAGAUGGAAAGAUUAAUCCGAGAGAAUGGAAAGAAUAUGUUGAACGGAAUCCAUCUCUCUUAAAGAACAUGACUCUUCCGCAUCUGAAGGAACUGACUCUAGCAUUUCCCAGCUUUGUGAUGGACACCAAAGUUCGAGACUAUAAAUGACUGUAACUUUCACCUGGUUAUCGCAGAAAUCUUCCUUGUGCAUUAAUAGUUGCAUGUAAAGCUGUCCCAGUAAAAUGUUUUGGACACUAUGUAAAAUAAUGUUCAGCAGCUGCACUUUUUCUGGCUUCUUUUACACCAUACACAUCGGGACUAUGAAGGGUGCUAAUUGAUUGUUUACAUUACUAGAUUUUAUUGAUAGUUCAACUGUUUGAAAGUUGGCUAAAGGUUUGUUUUUGGCAUGAAGAUAAAGAAAAUGUAAAAGAGACAAGUGCUCUUGCGGUUAUUUCAAUUAUACAGCUACAAUUAUGUUU